AUGGGAAUGGCACAAAGGAGCCUGGCACUGGGCUGCAUGUCCAUCAUCUUGGUUCUACAUGGAAAGGCCCUGGUGUUUGCAGACCUGAGCACUCAGGAGAUAGAAGCUGUGCAUGGUUCCCUAGUGAGCAGGCCAGAGCUGGAGCUGCAGCCAUGCAUGCAGGCUUUAGACAAGAACUCUGUGUUCCACAUUGGCAUGCUGCUGCCCAAGAAGAAGGAUGUCCUGGAAUUUCUGGAUAAAACAACAUAUUCUGUGUAAGAAGCCCAUGUCGUCAGAUUUACUGGUGCCCAUAAUGCCAUUGAGUUUGCUGUGCCCUGGCCACAGUCCUUCUACAUAAGAGAAUUGUCCCCCAGGUCAGUGAAACAUGAAUCUUGGACACCCAGACCCAUGUCCAAAGCAUAGUCGUCUUCCCUCCACUGAAUCAAGUGGGUCAUGGUGACCUUGCAUUCACUCAUCCUUGACACCACCAGCUUCUCCUUAGAGAACUGCAGCAGUCAGUGCCUAACCUCCACCCAUGGCCCCCACAGUGUGGAGUCUAGACAUCAGACCACCUGGUUUCUCUUUCAGUGUAUUGAAAAAUACCACCUACUGCAGCCCACAGUAUUGGAAAUCCUUGUGGAUCAUGGGAGCACAGAUGUCCAGAACUGGAGUGUAGAGCAGGUCCUGUGUAAUGACAAGCUCUACAACAGCCCAGAGAAACUGGCUCAGAAAUAUGUGGAUAGGGAAGUGGACAUGGUGGUCCUCUGUAACAAUGCUGAGAAGUCAUGAAUCUUUAACAAGCUUGGUGGAGAAGUCCCAAGACACCUCAACAAGUCUGCCCAUGUGGAACAAGUCAAUGAUCCCUGAUAUAGUCUAGGAGACAACACUAACACUGCCAUCUACCAAGGCUGGAGCUACCUUAGGAAUGUGCAUUGCCAUGAGGUCAGUGUUCAAGAGGCUAUGGCUGUGUAUAGUGAAGACACACAUGCAGGAUAGCUGACCAAGACCACAGACAUGAGCAGGGGCCUGGGCAAUGCCAUCCAUGAAUUAGCUCCUCUGUCAUUGACUAUCCAAAGACAACCACCUCCUAUAGAGUUCUUCCACUACUAUGACACUAGUAGUCUUGUCCAUUAUCCAUGGUUCUUCUUUGUCUUUGAGAAGGCCAUAAGGGUACCUGAUAAGCCCAUCAACUUUAUAGGCAAAUUCAACUCAUAUAGACACAUAAUUGUAAAGCAAACAACUCCAGCAGUCUAUAAUUUUUAUUAUAUCUGGAACUUCAUUUUGUGUACAAGUGGCAUGAUAAAAAUACACACCUCCAGCUAA